CACUUGCCAAUCUCCGUCGGUGGUCCCCGGUGGAAGAGAACGUCGACGAUAGCGUCGGCGUGCCUGGUAAGAACUCUGUUGUGUGAUUCGAGUUAACAGAAAAUGGGACUGUUAAGCAUCAUUCGGAAAAUCAAGAAGAAGGAGAAGGAGAUGCGUAUUCUCAUGGUUGGACUCGAUAACUCUGGGAAGACGACGAUUGUUCUGAAAAUGAACGGAGAAGACACAAGCGUGAUCAGUCCAACUCUUGGCUUCAACAUCAAAACCAUUAUUUACCAAAAGUAUACGCUGAAUAUAUGGGAUGUGGGAGGGCAAAAGACUAUAAGAUCUUACUGGAGGAACUACUUUGAGCAGACUGAUGGGUUGGUUUGGGUUGUGGAUAGCUCUGAUCUUAGGAGGCUUGAUGAUUGCAAGAUGGAGCUUGACAAUCUCUUGAAGGAAGAGAGGCUUGCUGGGUCAUCUUUGCUGAUACUAGCAAAUAAGCAGGAUAUUCAAGGUGCUCUUACACCUGAAGAGAUUGGCAAAGUGCUAAACUUAGAGUCCAUGGAUAAGAGCAGGCACUGGAAAAUCGUGGGUUGCAGCGCAUACACAGGUGAAGGAUUGUUGGAAGGAUUCGAUUGGUUGGUUCAAGACAUUGCCUCCAGAAUUUACAUGCUUGAUUAAUUUUUGUGCUCCUCAAGUACCGAAGAUUCACUUUUCCAGACACACCACAUAUAGAACCUGUCUAUUUAUUACCACUGUCUUGAUUCUACUCAAGAGACUUCAUAUCUCCCCAUAUUAGCUUUUCUUUCGGUUUUAAUUGUACCAAAUGAUUCUACAAACAUACAUAUACGUUUGAAGACAAAAUCUUCUAAUCUUGUUUGA